UUUUCAAACCAAAACUACAGAUGUGCGUACAAUCGAUGUUACAUUAUCUUUUUGUAUCAGACCCUGGCCUGGGAUCUGGUUUAAGAAAUAUGACGUCACUAUUUGUAUAGUUAUGAUAAUGGACUGAUGCUGAGAAACAUGACGUCAAGUUACGUGCUAUUAGAGUUAAAUGGUAGAACAGACUACACUUAUUACGCAAGCAUGGCUGAGGCUGGUUGUCUACGUAAAGCACAGACUUACCAACUGAUGAUCGAUGAUAAUCUGAAUAAAUCUAAUCUAUCUCUCGUCUGGACAUCAAUGAACUACGAGAGCUGUUUUGCAUUUGAUGAUCUCGAAAACGCAAACUUGGAGGAGCGUUAUGAAAUCCUAAACGAAAGUGGAGUAUCGUCCAUAGUUUGGCAAAGUGAGGGCGUAUUCGUUUUCCUAGCAACUGUAAUAGAUCCAGAAUACAGUUUUUGUAACCUUUCAACAAUGUUUGCUGUUUACGUGACUGGCCUGGAAAAAGAACGCAAAAGGCUUAUUCCGUUUUUGGUAUUGGGUACAUCUGUAUUUGGUUUGUUCGGUGUUUUGUUUCUUUUAUAUGUCACCACCAAAUAAUAUUCUUCGUUGAAAAAGCAGCGUUUGAUUUACUAACAAUUUCGGCGCCUAAGACACAAUAUUGCUCGAUAUAGUGGAACAUAGAAUUGGUGAGUUUAAUUUAUAGAUGCUUUGUUUUGGAGACGUAUGAUAAAAGAAAGUUAGUUCUGGUUUAUGCGCGUCUGAAAACAUUUAUUUGUUCAUUUUAAGAUUUAAGUCCUUUAAUCACUGGAAUUUUUUAGUUGCCGCUUACAUGAGCAAGUGUCCCGUUUAGGCGAGUGGACUCCC